GACGGCCUACCGCCGAAUGUUUUGCCCUAUUGUUCGGGGAUGUCGCGUAAAAGAGUGGAUUUCGAUUGAUUCUGAUUUAGGCAAAGUGAAAUCUAAGCGGUGGCGAUGUGUUUUGCGUCUGUCGAGAUGAGACUAGUGCACUGCGACAAGCGUAGACUGCGGUAAUACCAGUGGAAAACGUCGAGGAAAUCCACGAACGUCUCUUUGUCAUGGACAUGCAGGCUUCUAAUGGAAUGGAUGUGUGUAUGAAUACAGUGUAUACUCCCAUCCCUGGAUUUCCUGAACAACUAGGGAUGGUAUGGAUGGGAGAUAUGAUGCUGGGGGAACCUGCUCACGAACUGAUGCUGGAUCCCCGUCAAAGCGAGAGCCCGUUUUUCUCACAUGGUUCACAUCCCUAUGAAGAUCUGAGAAAUCAUAUUGCUUCUACUACUAUGGUGCGCUACAUACCGCAACAGUUCUCAAAUGAGUGUUCCGAACCUGAUGAAGCAAUGGAUGCUGUUGAUACCCAUGAGAUGCAGCAAGAUUAUGACUCACAGUCUGAAAGACCUGAGAUAAAUGAAUAUUUGACAUUAGAAGAUUACAUGGGCGAUGAAGAACGGGAACAAAUUGUGAGCAAUGCGGCGACUCAGACUACUCAAGACAAUCGCAAUCGAAAAAUAAAACCUAUAAAGCAUCCAGGACUUGUUUUAAAAACGCCAAUUGCUUAUCAGCCUCAUACUGAUUUAAAUUUUAUUCCUAUUCGCAAAGAUGGUAUAGCUGUUUGUGAAAAAUGUGGUGCUAUUGGAGUAAAACAUGCCUUUUAUACAAAGGAGCGUAGAUUUUGCAGUAGGGCGUGUGCACGUUCUUCAGAACACAUAACACCUACUGCUGACUCCACAUAUAGUCCAUCUCACUCGAUGGAUCAGCCAAUAUCUACAAACCAAACUUCUUCUAUUGAAACAAAAUCGAUGGAUAUUAUCGUAAAAGAAGAAGUAGAUGUUAAGGAAUUCGUAGAAUCAGAAAAGGACAAAGUUAAAUUAGAGCCAGUAAUGCCAGAAGAUUUACCGGUUAGAAGAAAAAGAACAGCGGAAAUGGCAGGUUCCUACGACUGGACAUCACAGCUUAUUGAACCUGGAUUUUGUGCUGCACCAGUCUCUUGUUUCAAACAUGCCCCUAUAUCAGAGAUUUGGGAUAAUAUCACAGUAGGUAUGAAAGUAGAGGUAGAAAAUACCGACUGUGAUGAGGUAUGCGAGGCUUUCCCAGAUUCAUUUUGGGUUGCAACUGUAUUACGUAUAUGUGGAUACAGAGCUCUGUUAAGGUAUGAAGGUUUUGGACACAAUGCAGACAAAGAUUUUUGGGUGUCACUUUGUUCUAAUGACAUACAUCCCGUUGGUUGGUGUGCCACAAUUGGAAAACCUCUUAUUCCACCUAACACAAUCGCAAACAAGUACAAAGAUUGGAAGGAUUUUUUAAUGAGGCGAUUAACCGGCGCGAGGACAUUACCAACAAAUUUCUACAAUAAAGUGAACGAUAGUAUGAAAUCUCGAUUUCGAUGUAGUCUUCAUUUAGAAGUGGUCGAUAAAAACAGAAUCUCACAAGUGAAAGUGGCGACGAUACAAAAAAUUGUUGGUAAACGUUUGCAUGUAAGAUAUUACGAUUCGUCUCCGGAAGAUAACGGGUUUUGGUGUCACGAAGACUCGCCCCUCAUACACCCCGUUGGCUGGGCCAAGAAAGUGGGACAGACGCUAGAUGCGUAUCCUGAGUAUUUGAAUCGUGUUUCUAAAUCAAAAUUAUCUGAAGACGAUGCAACGGAGAAUCUUUUUCAUGUGCCAAAGAAUCACAUUCAUCUCGCAUUCAAGUUUAAGGAAGGAAUGAAAAUAGAAGCCAUUGAUCCACUCAAUCUUUCGGCUAUAUGCGCGGCGACGGUUAUGCAAGUCUUGGAAAAGGAUUACAUUAUGAUUCGUAUUGACAGUUAUGAUGCAGAUGCUAGCGGUGCUGAUUGGUUUUGCUACCAUUCGUGUUCGCCAUGCAUUUUUCCAGUUGGCUUUUGUUCCCAACAUGGUCUACCUUUAACACCGCCAAAGGGUUACGAUCCUACCACAUUUACAUGGGAUGCAUAUCUAACAGAGACUAAUACCGUACCUGCUCCUAUGCAGUUAUUUAAUUGGGAAAUUCCUCAACAUGGAUUUAUUGAAGGAAUGAGACUGGAAGCUGCUGAUUUAAUGGAUCCUAGAUUAGUUUGUGUUGCUACUAUUACUAGGGUGAUUGGCAGAUUACUGCGAGUACAUUUUGAUGGUUGGGAAGACGAAUAUGAUCAAUGGUUAGAUUGUCAAAGUCCAGAUAUUUAUCCUGUUGGGUGGUGUGAUCUUGUCGACCAUAAAUUGGAAGGGCCGCGUGUACUCGUAAAAAACACUAGUCCUACUGUAAAAUCACCAAGAGGCCUUAAACGUAAAGCUAAGAGAAAAUUGAAGAAAAGUAGCAAGAUGUCUUGCUCCAAAAAUAUACUACCUCGUCAGAGCGAACGUAUUAGUAUGUCUCGUGAACGCGGGCGAGAAUUAGAACCUGCUCAAGGAACGAAAAUUGAAAGAGAACGUGAUUUAGAAAGUUUACCGGAACAAAGAAGCAGAGAACCGGAAACAGCACAAGAGCCAGCUGGACCUGACCAAACUUUACCCAGUCCCACUACUGGACAAGGUCAAGCAUUGAACGAUACACCAAGUGAAGUACACAGCCCUCCACCACCCAAGAAACCGGAAAGAACCGCUACAUCAUAUAUAAAUGUUACUUCAGCGAGUACUAAAUAUAUACCAAGGUUAGCAGAUGGUGUGCAAAAAAGUUCGGAAUCCGGUGAUCUAGUGCCAUCUGAGUGGAAUGUUUUUGAUGUUGCACAAUUUCUUCGAGUUAAUGACUGUGCGACGUAUUGCGAUAAUUUCAGUAAACGUAAAAUAGAUGGAAAGACAUUGCUGACUCUCACUAAGGACCAAAUAAUAGACCUAACAGGUUUCAAAGUUGGACCUUCUCUAAAAAUAUUUGAUUUAAUUCAGCAAUUAAAAAUCAAAGUGAAUCCAGCUCAGGAAAGGUUGAAACUAGGAUUGAAGAAAAUAUUAUAACAAAAUUAGUAUGUAGUUAGCACUAUAAAUAAGUUCCAUCAUUAUGCAAAUUAGACAUGGAUUUACAGGUAAGACAUGUGAGAUAACGAUAAUUAAAGAGGUGCCUUC